GUAAAAAGUUCUUCAUGGAAAGCAAGCCAAAUUUGUUCCUGAAGUAUAAAAAAAGACAAAAAAGUGUAGAUGUACUAUUAUUUUAUAGUGAAGAAAACCAAGUUUCGCUGUGGAACUCACGGGCCCCUUUCGGGGCCGGGCCUGUGUGCUUCGCACACAUGGCACACCGGUAGAUACGCCACUGCCACUGACUCACUCACUCAUUCACUCAUCAAGAUCUCCAAUUUACUCAAAAUUUGGAAUAUUUACUCCUACGUCGACGUAGACACAAACUAAGAACGGAUUUUCUGGAACUCCUGCCCGAAAGGGACUUCUCAGACAAAAAAAAAAUUGUUUGAGCCUUCGUUCGUUUUUUUUUAAGGUCAUAAAUUCACCAUGAUAUUGUUUCCAGAGGAAAUAUUGAAGACGCAAAUAUGUUCUUGCUGCAAACAGUACCUUUCGUAUGGUCCAAUCAAAGUUUCUAUCUCGGAAGGGGUGAUGUGUGGCAGAUGUUUAAAGGACGAAGAAGAAACAGCUCCUUCGCUGCUAAAUAAUAUUAUUAAGAACGUCAUUUUUCCAUGUGUGAAUCGUUUUGAUGGCUGCAAUGAACUUCUUAAAUGCGAAGAUGUGCCACAACAUGAAAAUGUCUGUAGGGGUAGUUUACAUUUAUGCCCAAUUUGUGUCAACCAUUCCAACAACCAAUUGGUGAAAUAUUCAUUGUUGUCUUUGAUUCAUCAUUAUCGGAUAUUGCAUAACAAAUAUUAUCUGACAAACCCUCUGCUUUCUGUUAGUACGAAGUCUGCCAAAGAAUCUAAUUAUCUUUACUGCAAUGAAUAUAAAAACAUCUUGGCAUUUAUUUAUGUUGAAAUUAUUGCCGGACAGCCAUAUGUAAAGAUGAUUGCAUUGGGCAAUAAUAAGAAUAAAAUAAAUUGCAGCUUCAAUUGCCAUAACGUUAUCGGCGAUGUGGCUGUUAGGCUAUCUUCAUCAAGUACAUCAGCUGGAGAGUUUCAUUUCAAAUUAUUAUCAGCAGCCAACUCUGAUAAUGGUUUAGAAAAAAUGUAUCUCGAAUUAGAAUUUUCCCAGUUAAGUAUUACCACUCCAUUUAUCAGUUUGGAGGAAUCAAAGGUUGAGUGCAGUACAGUUAUUGGAACAAAAAUCAAACCUGAAGACUUCAAAUAUUCUGGCGAACCAUAUGAUGACUUUAUGCUGAAAUGCUUUCCUGAUUUUUGCUUAGAGUAUAAUGGAUAUAAAUUCAAAAAAAUUCAGAAAGUUACCAGUUAUGGAAAAAUCCAUGUUUUAUUAAAGCAGUCUACAGAAUACCAAGUACAAGUAAUAUGCAAUUUUUGUGAAAACUAUUUUCUCUUGUCGAAUGGUUUUUCUCGCCAUGGCAACUGCAAUAUUAAUAUUUGCAUUCCUUGUUAUAUGAGAGGCGUAAAAUAUUGCCAGAGUUGUUCAGCUGAUGGGAACUGUUCACAGAUUACAUCCACUAUAUUCAAAAAUAUGUCGAAUGUUCUCUUUUAUUGUAGAUACCACUGUGGCAUGGGAUUUGGGGAUAAUGCAGUAUUUGAUCAUGAAAAAACUUGCUCUCAUAAUCCGAAAGCUGGCUUUUCUGAUUUUCAAUUCGCUGAAUUCUACUUUGGCCAUUUUUUUAUUGAAAGCUCCGAUAAAUUUAAAUCUAUUGUAAUUCGCCAUGACAAUAGGGUUACCUUGAUUACCUCUGAAAUGUUUUUUCUUUGGCCCCAUCAGGGAAGAAUCUACAUGGUAACUGAUUCAGGAUUUUGCUGCAUUAUAUUUUAUAAGAUUGACAAAUCGGACAUUCAUUUUUCGGUGGCCCAUAAAUAUCCUUUGGAUAAAUAUUAUACUUCAUUUAAGAUAGUAGACAAUGAAAACCAACCAUUUCGAGAAGAAAAAGAUAGUUUUAAAGUAAAUUUGCAAACUAAAAAAUUCUUCUUCGUUGUAGCUCCAAGAGAAUAUCCAACUCCAAAAUAACCAUUAAAAAAAGAUCCCGCAAUACCCGCAAAAAAUUUGACUGCCAAUAUGAGUAAUUUUUAACCAAUAUCUCUUUCUCAUCACAUGCCAAAGAUUUGUUGGAUUUUGGUCAUGAAAAAAACAUAAUAUUUCCGGAUGUGACUGAUGGUCUGUGAUCUCUAGUAGGACGCCUUAAUAAUAUUUAGAAUUGUCACAUUUCCCGAGUGAAAAUGGAAUGCCAAUAGAAAUUUGAUAAGGGUGUUGGUGUAUUUUAUUGAAUUAUGUUUUUUGUUUGUUUACUACAUAAAUAUCGAUUAAGUUUAAAGUUUUCAAUACUAGGUUUAAGUUCCUAAUAAAAUUUCUGAUGUGCCUAAAUUAUUUAUGCUUUUUUUUUCAAUUUAAUUUCCACUAUAACCUAUCCAUAUUGUUCACUAUUAAUGUGUCAUUUACAUUCACUUAACGUAUGGAAAAUUAAUAAUAAAGAAAAAUUGAAGUUCAUGUGCUAUACCUAGUUAUUU